UUUUAGGAGAAAUUUGAAACUCCCUUGACCUAGCUUGUGAGAAGCGAGCUAUCACUAAACUCUCCCGCCACCAAAAGCUCUCGACUCAUCGACUCAUCGACGGUGACCUUCAUAAUGUUCGACGGGGUCGGAGCCACCUAGUUGUUUCCUUCCCUCUCGCCGUCAACUCUCUCAAGCGUCUCUCAGAUCUGCUCACUUCUCUCUCUUUGAUUCCCAAGAAGAUCAGCUCGCUUUUCUCUGCAUGUAUGAAGAUCAGCUUGCAUUACUCCCUUUGAUUCCUGCAAUGCUUCUCCAAUUCUGAUUACAGGCUUAGCAAGUUGACUUGGAGUCUUUGGCUGUUGAAUUAGACGAGGAGAACAAGCGGCUUUUGAAAGAGAAGCUUUGAUACAAGGUCUUAAAGCUGGUCUGGACUUACAGAAUAAAAGCUUUUGGAUUGAUUCGUACAACUCCAGAAGAUGUCUGAGCAUAUUGAGUGUUCCAAGAAAGCUUCUAAGAGGAAAAAGUUUCUGAGGCGUGCUCUAGUUGCUGCUUCUCUCAACUCUGGAAAUGCAGGAAUUAGGAUAGCAGACGAGCAAACUAGUGAUGGAGAUAACCAGCCAAAUGAACGAGUAGCACAAUCUGAAGGAGUGAUUAACAAAGGAAAAAAGUCAAGGAAACUGCACAAGGGUAAAGAAAAAUCUGUAGUCCAAGACACUGAUGGAAUUGAUGAAGUUAUAUCAAGCAAUAGGAGGGUCAAUGAUACAUCAGCUGAAGUGGAGAGUAAUGUAGAAGAGUCACAUACAGAGAGACCACAAUCUGCAGAACCAAAAAAGAAGCGAGGUCCAACCACAAUGGGAAUUAUUCCUGAAGGCCAAAUCACAAGGAUGAAUGUCACUUUCAAUGCCAACGGACAACCUUAUGGCACAAAUUCAGACAAAUUUGCAACAGUUCUUGGGGUCUUGACAAGAACACAUAUCCCAGUUACCCAUCCAACAUGGAAGGAUCUCGAUCCCACCAAGAAGGACGAUGUUUGGAAAUUAACUCAGCAAUACUUCAUUGUGGAUCCGGUGCAUAAAGGCAUGGUUUACAGAAUGCUUGGAAAUUAUUGGAGACAAUAUAAGUGUGCAGUUACAAAAAAGAUUCUGAAAGCAAGUAGGAAAAAGCAUAAGAAACGUGCAAUUGACAAGGUCAAGCCAGCAAAUGUGAAAUCUCAGAUAGAAUGGGACAACUUUGUGAAAUACAGACUUGGUCCUGAGUUUCGGCUGUUAAGUGAGAAGUUCAGAAAAAUGCGGAAGAAGCAAGAGUACACUCACACAUUGAGCCGAAUGGGUUAUGCACGCUUGGAGCACAAAAUGAAAAAGGAAAAUCCUACUGAAGAAGUAACAAGAGUCAAAUUGUGGACUAAAGCGCAUGAGAAAGGCGGUAAACCUGUUAAUGAAGUUGUUGGUGCCAUAUUGGAAGGUUUAAAAGCGUGUAAUGAGUCACAGGAGAACCCACCAUCUGCAAAUUCCAUAAGGGAUGAUGCACUUGCAAGAGUUUUAGGACCUGAAACUCGUGGACGAGUUCGUGGGCUUGGGUUUGGUACUACACCAUCUCGAGUCAAUGCUACUAUUCAAGGCAGUGCAAAGGUUAAAGAACUUGAAGCUACUGUAUUAAGUCAAUCACAGAGGCUUGCUCAGGUUGAAGCAAAGCUUGAAGCUCUUUUAAAGGCCACUCAGGAGGUCCCUCAACAGAACAGAAACUUAGAGCAAAUGAUAAAUGCACAUGCAACUACUUCUCAGUCACAACAAUCAAGUCGACCAAUCAAUGCUCCAAGCAAUGAUCUUGAAAAUAGAAGAUGUGCACUUUUGAAUUGGAACAAUUAUGAAGAAGAUGAAGUAGUGGCUGAAGGGAAGAUCUCUUCAACAAAUCCAAGUACAAAAGUUCAUUGUGUGCCUCUUGGACGAGAUUGUUGGAAGGUUUGGGUUGAUGUGGUGUUUGAUAAGUAUCAGACUAUGGAAGUGUAUAGAGCAACCAUGGAUGCCAAACAACUUGGUGAAGCUGUAGGAAGCACUCUUGCAUGGCCCAAAAGCUCCAUUAAAAUGCUCCCUUAGUAGUUGAAGUAGCAGGUACAUUUUGCUUUACUAGAGAAUAUAUGUAGGUCAGGAAGUACCAUGCAUGUUUUGUCAAUGCUGAUGGAACAAAGAAUCUAGUACAAAGUUUUGUAAAGAACAUAUGUAUAAGAGAAUGUGGCACUCCGCACUCCUAAUGAAAUGUAUAUUUUUCAUACAUGGUUAGUGUGUA